CUAACCUACACAUGCACAAUGAAAUCAAUGUGUCGAUCUUCGCUAAAGCACUGUACGGGAACUGUGGCUGAUGGUGUAUUUUUGAGAUCUAUUGCCACUCGUUUGGCUACUCACGCAGACGAAGCUUCCCUUUAUGUCCAUUGGCCUUAUUGCUUAAAACGAUGCUCGUAUUGCAACUUCAACAAGUAUAUAAGUCGAAGUCAAAACCACAAUGUUAUGACGGAGUGUCUGAAGAAGGAGACGCAAACUUUACUACAGCUCAGCCAGAUCUCACGGAUCAGCUCUGUGUUUUUUGGAGGAGGAACACCCAGCCUUGCUCAGCCCUCCACUAUCGCUGCCGUCCUGGAGACUGUUUCCAAACACGCACGUGUGUCAGAUGAUGCCGAGGUCACACUGGAAGUCAAUCCUACACCUGCUGGAAAAGCUUGUCUGAAGGACUUUACGUUAGCUGGAGUUAACCGAUUUUCCAUUGGAAUUCAGUCAUUGAAUGAUGAUCAUCUGCGGACAUUAGGAAGAGACCACAAUUCUUAUCAUGCUCUCCAGACGUUGUCAGAGGCGAGGACGGUGUGCCCUGGACGGGUGUCAGUUGAUGUCAUGUUUGCUCUCCCAGGUCAAAGUGUUAAAUCAUGGGAGAGCGAGGUGAAGACGUUGUUACCUCUUUGUGAUGAUCAUGUUUCACUGUAUCAGCUCACUUUGGAAAGGGGAACACAGCUUUUUAAACAGGUUGAGAGUGGUGAGCUAAGAGUGCCUGGUGAUGAUGUCACAGCUGUUAUGUACCAGUCAGCACGGAAAAUUCUGGAACAGGCUGGGUUUCUUCAGUACGAGGUGUCCAACUUUUCCAGAAAUAAUGCUGUCAGUAAACACAAUUUGGGGUACUGGAGCGGACAGCAGUACAUAGGGGUAGGCCCAGGGGCACAUGGACGCUUUGUACCAAAUGCAUUGGGAGGAGUUCAGAGGGAAGCACGGACGCAAACGUUAGAACCAGAUGUUUGGAUACGAGAGGUACAGCGGCAAGGUCACGGCACACGGCGACGAAUACAGCUUGACCCUCGUGGCCUGCUGGAGGAAGUUUUGGUCAUGGGGCUGCGAAUGAAUAAAGGAAUAACCAAGCAGCACUGGAAGUUAUUUAGCCCUGAAGCAGACCUCUAUCAGAUUUUUGGGGUGUCUGAUAAAGUUAAGGAAUAUCAAGCAGAGGGGCUUCUGAUACUUGAUGACAGAGGUUUGCGGUGUUCCUGGGAAGGCUUAGCUUUACUGGACAGCAUCUUACCCACAAUGCUGCUAGAAUUAGAGAUGUUUUUCGAAACCAAGGGUAUGACGAGGACACAACACAACAACAGAAAAGACUGAUAUUCAGAAAUAGAGAUGACAGACACAGGGACAAAAGCUUUUAUGUAUCAGUGAUACCACAAUACCAAACACCUUUAAGAAUGAAAGCUUAUAUCAACUUAACAUGUUCUAAAAAAUGACCAUCAAAUUAAACUAAAAACUGUGAAUUUAUCUUUCAUUUUUUAACAGGUGCAUUAAUAAUAUGUUUAUAUAAAAAAGAAAAUUAUAUUCCCACAUUUAAGUAAUCUAUUUCUUCAUGAAACCCUAACACAGGCAAAGCUUC